AUGACGGUAGGCCUACGGUCAAAUCGAGAUCAUGCACAGCACUAUCGGCCUCGAAUGGCAUGUCUCAAAAAGGUGGAGGCCAUGGUUGUGGAAAUGCAGAGUGGGUUGAAGGGAACCGACCAGAAGCUCAAUGUCACCACCAUCCCCCAUGUACUGACAGGUGAGGAGAUUCUGGCAUGGAUUGCUAACAAAAUGAAAAUGGAUACCCCAGAGGCCCAGGCUUUCGGCACCAUGCUGGUGGCGUAUGGUUACCUUUACCCCCUGCAGGACCACAAGAAACUGAUCCUCAAACCUGAUGGAAGUUUCUACCGUUUCCAGACGCCCUAUUUCUGGCCCGUGCAGAAGUGGCCAGCAGAGGAUAUAGAUUAUGCAAUUUACUUGGCCAAGAGGAACAUUCGCAAAAAGGGAUCAUUGGAGGUGUACGAACAGGCACGCUACAAUAACUUCCACAAAUGGCUCAACCCCAAAUGGGAUUUCAUUGUGAUGCAAGCCUCAGAGCAAUACAAGGCAAACAAGCAGCGUCAGAAGGCUGAUCGUGUGGUGUUUGACUGUCAGGAGCGGGCCUACUGGAUUGUACAGCGACCACCACCAAGAGCCCACAGUGCCAUGGACUGCACGGACCGCCUCUCUGAUCCCAACGACGAGGCUCAAACCUAUGACCACUACAGAAGGGAAACAAUCCAUCUGCAGCAGGCCAUGAUGAGGUCAAGGGUCAAGUCAGUAGUAUCUCUGGGAGCUCUUGUCAAGGAGAUCACCAAGUACAAGAACCACGACCCUUUCCUGGCCCCCUGCAUCCCCAGCAACCCCUGGCUCUCCAACGACGACGCUUACUGGGAGCUCAACUUGCCAAGUGUGGAAGUUCCUACUAAAAUGCGAGUGGAGCGCUGGUCCUUCAGCCUCAUGGAGCUGCUCAAUGACCCACGUGGUCGCAAGGACUUCAAGGUCUUCUUGAAAAAGGAGUUCAGCGGUGAGAACUUGGCCUUCUGGGAAGCUGCAGAGGUGAUGAAGUGGGGGUCUGCUGGUUCCAUGGCCGAACAGUCCCAAGCCAUUUUCAAGCUUUUCCUGGCCCCUGGAGCCCCACGAUGGAUCAACAUUGACGGCAGAACCAUGGGCUUGACUGUGAAAGGUCUGGACCAUCCUCACAGAUACGUCCUGGAUGCUGCUCAGACCCAUGUCUUCCUGCUAAUGAAGAAGGACACCUUCUUCAGGUACCUAAAAUCACCUACUUACAAGGAUAUGCAGAAGAAAGCACUCAAUCCCGCAGAACACAACUACAGCGAUGCCCAGAUAGAGCAGAACUCCAAGAACCUCAGGCCGGGCACCGACCCAAUCAUCCUUUGGCAGCGCAGCGAGGAGGAGCGCAUGGCGGCUGAGGCGGCCGCGAGACCCGUGGACAUCACCCAGAUCAAGAACAAGCUGGACCGCAAGUAAACCGCGAGAUGACCCGCGACCCCCGCCAAGACAUGGAACAAAGAGGGGGAGAAAAAAACAGUGUAGGUCUGUUCACCCUUAUGAGAUUCAACCAAACAGGAACACGUGCAGCUUCAGCUAGAACUACCCAGGAAUGCCCCUUUUAGUCCAUCUGAUUGACUCUGGAAACUGGUCUUGACAUGGCAUGGUGGCCUCUAGAACUGGAGUUUAAGGUAGAAGGAUUUACGAGGACAUUCCUGCUUAGUUUUUUUUUCUUCUUUUUGAAAUAUGAGGAGGUGAUGUGCAUAUGGAUAAUCUUCUUUUAAAAAAAGGGAAUGAAAUGUAUUUUUAAAUAGUGAGAUUCUUAUAAUGAGGUCAUGUUACCACUAACAAAAUGUAAGAUAGAUAGCAUAUAGCACAAGCUAGUGCUGUCUAUUGAAGCUAUAUACAGUAAUAUGAUGUAUGAAUAUACAUCGAGGUAUAUACGGAGGAGAUGAGAGGUAUUGUGUAAGGCUGUUAUUUUCCUCACCUGGAUCAGAGCGGAUCAUGUGAAGGUGUGAUUUUUACCUGACCGUAUCCAUUACAGGAUAAUUCAUUACUGGUUGCAGUCACCUUUCUAUCUUAGUGCAGAUUACAGCUUGACAUAACACCUGUUCACCUAUCACCCAUCUUUAAUGUAAAUGUUUGUUGACCGAUACUCUGUGUUUGUUGUGUGUGUUUGUUGUGUGUGCUUGCUGUAUGCGUGUGUGCGUGGGUGUGUGCGUGUGUGUGUAUGAACUGAUUUAAUUCAACUUCCUUUUUUGUCUGUCAACACAAUAUCCUAUGUAAAUACAAGGAUGUUGUCAGUUACAUAAUAAAGUUCAC